UUACAGUAAUUGAGGGAACCAUGGGAAAGUUCUCCUUCCCAAGGCUCAUCAUAAGAAUGCCAUGGGCAAAUCGGACUGCACGGGACGAUUUCUGCACAGGAACUAACGAACUCCACAGGCUCAGAACAAACCACCCUCCCAACUCCUCCCAACUCCCCAGCCAUACUGUGUGUAGGCAGGGCAAGGAGAACACCGAUUCAACCCCGAAGAAGAGGAAAAAGAAGAGGCACAAUGAGAAGGGGACCCAGGUUGAACUAGGCAUGCGGGAGGAUAUCCAUGACCUUGAGCUCGCCCAUUGGAGAUUGGCUAAAGAGACAUGGAGAACUGAGCGAGGAAACAUGAGGGAGAUAAAGGCGCUGUAUGGAGAAAUAUUUAGGCUGCACAAGUUGUUGGAGGAGAUUGGGGUAGAUAAAGGGGUGAUCAAGCAGCGCUCCGCCUCCUCCAUUCUUUGUCCCGUCUCCCCGACACUGCCAGCUCUCCCCUGGUACAAUCUCCACAAGUACCUCACCAAAAGCCAAUCGGAGUGUGACCAGCAUGCCGCCGCCACCCAGAAGAACCCGGCUAAGAAACACUCAAUCUUUCCCCCUCUGGUCACACAGAGCUGCACCUCCCCUGACAAACGGCCUCAUUCUCCGUCCAAGACGUCGCACCCACACGCUUCACACAGAUUUUCUGUCCCAUCCUACCUCCUGGCUCCCGGCCCUCCUGCCCAGCUGAGGCAGACCCAUCCGCAUGUCCACCCCAGGUACCCAUUGACUGACCAGGCAAAGGUCAAGGAUAAGGGCAAGAGGUCAGAGGUUGCAUCGUCUGAGGAAUUGUCUGAGGAAGUUCAACGGAGAGGCGCAGAAAUUGAGAAUAUGUAUAAAGCGCAGCUGAAAGAGAGGAUGGCCCAAAAGAGAAAGGAAGAGAUUCUGAAGAAAAGGAUAAACAACUAUGACAAGAACGAUGACACUGAGGCCUCCUGCUCCUCUGCAGUAGGACAAAUUAAGACCCCUGCCACAGCCCCCGAGCGUCCGGCCAGCCCAGAGGCCACCACAGAUGCCACGCCAGUGGCCGUCCAAGAGGACACUCAGGGGGCCACCCAGCAGGACCUAGCAGAGGUUGUGAAUGUGCUCAAGAGGCAGUCAUCUGACCUAUACCUGCCUGACAACGUUUGUGAGGAUUCACUCACGUGGAGCUCCAUUUACGAGGAGCUGUGCCCACUUGCUCACAGGGUGAACUCAGAAGCUGACUACAUCAAGGCGCUCUGCGUCACCACUGAGAAGGCUGUGACGCCCUUGCGCUUGUCUCAGGAGGAUGUGUCUCAGAGUAUGAGUGAGGACACAAGUGAGGAGGGGAGUAGUACAAGUGAGGAGGGGAGUAGUGAAAGUGAGGAGAGCAUGAGUGGACAACAACAGAGAUGUCUACACAGGGAUCCUUAUGGUGAGAGGGAGAGGAAGAAGAUUGAUAGUCGUACAAUGGAAGGGAGAUAUGCAACCGCAAAUGCAAUGUCUAUGAUGGCGAGCCUAGGGAAAGAAGAACUUAAUGCCAUGAGCUACGCAGAGAGGCUUAAAUAUUUCAAGGACGAGGCUAAGAAAAAUGAAGAGAUGUUGAAGAUGAAAAGUGGGAAGGAAAAAGAAAGGAAGGCGGAGAAAGACAGGGAAGAAGAGCUCAAAAAGUGGGAAAAGAGACAGAAGAAAUCGGUUGAGGAGGAAAGGAAAAUGACAGAAAAGAUGGAAAAAAAGAAGUUAGAGGAGCAGAUGAAAAGGGAGAAGGCAGAGAUUAAACUAAAGAUCGAACAAGAGAAAAAGAGACAAGAGCAAGAGAAAAAGAGAGAAAAAAAAGAAAUGAAGAAGCAGCAGAUGCAACAGAAGGCCCACGAAAAAGAGGAGAAAAAGAGGGUGGAGAAAGAAAAAAAGAGGGAGAAAAAGAGGGCAGAGGAGUUGAAAAAGAUUGAGAAACAGAGGAUGGAGGAGGAGAAGAACAGGGAAAAGGAGAGAAUGAAGGUGCUGGAGAUGCAGCAAAAGGCACAAGAGAAAGAAGAGAAAAGGAGGAAGGAGGAGAAGAAAAGGAGAUUGAAGAUACAGCAGGAACAAGAGAAGGAGGAGAAGAAAAGGCAGAAAAGGAUAUGGGACGAGGAUAAGAAGAGAGCAGAGCUUCAAAGAAUAAAAGAUGACGAGGCCAGGUUCAAGAUGGAGAUGGAGAAACUGUAUGAGAGAGAAGAGCAGAUUGCACAGAUUGAAAGAGAAAAGAGGCGUGCGAUGUAUGAGAAAAAAGGGCAGACACAGAGAGCAAAACAGGUGGUGCCAUACCAGGUCACAGCGUUUACAUCUGUGUGGACGGAAGAGAGGGAGCAGUGUCCAGAGACCGCUCACGCACAGUCUGCCAAGAGGAGAACAAGGAAGAAGCAGAAGAAUGAGGCGGACGAGGCGUUGACAACUUUUGAGUAGAUGACGAAAGAAAAGCGAGCAGACAAAGGAAGAAAGAAAUGUUGUCAAUGCUCUUAGGUAUGUUAAUAGAUGUA